AUGGCUCGCGGAUUGUCGUCUGCGGUCGGCCUGGCGGUGGCGGUGGCGGUGGCCGCGCUCGCGGUGGCGGCGCCUCGGUGCGCCGCGCAGACGGCGGGCUGCACGCUGUCCAUCGUGAGCCUGUCGCCGUGCCUCUCCUUCACCGCGGGGAACACGUCCGCGCCGAGCGCAUCGUGCUGCUCCGCGCUGGCCAGCGUCGUGCAGGCUGUGGGCGCUCCUGCGGCAUCACCGGCGACGCCCAGUACUGGCUCUGCGUCUCCCUCGGCGCCGGCACCCGCCGUCGAGGCUCCUACGGCGGCACCGUCAGUUUACAGCACGGCAGGAGCUGGAUCGAAGGCGACUCCGGCGACUGGUGCCGUCUCAUCACACGCCGGCGUCACCAAAUCCGCGGCUGUCUCUGUCUCUUUCGCCGUCGCAAUUGCGUCGCUGAUGGUUUUCUGA